CGUAGCCAGGCUAACUCAAUCCGUUGACUUCGCUUAUCACUGGUGUUUGAACAGAAAACGGGUCCACAUGCAUCAUACGUCUGUAAAUGCAAAAUCGUACAAAACUAAUCCAAUGCUCGAGCAGUCACGAUACAUGGUUUAUCAAAAUCUGGUAAAUUUAAAAAAUAACCUUACAACCUGUACGACUACUGUCGUGAACCCACUGGCCUUAGUCUUCUUCGGAGACAACAUCCACGUAGAGCUGAAAUCGGACAAAAGGAUGGAGUUCACAAUUGGUGGUCAAUUUGGCUUCAAUUGUGAUCUCGAAACAUACCGAUUGAUCGAAGAUUUGCGCCAGGGGUUCAAUGAUCUGUUGACAAGGAAGCUGACCAUACCGUCUCCCAUCGAUUGGUCUUCGGAGGAUGGAGCAUUGCUAGGUGCUAUCAUAGAGCUGCUCUCAUAUAACUUCGGAGCCAGAGAGCCAACACCAAAAUACUCAAAAAUUCACAAGAAGUGAAGAGCAACUGAUGGAUUCGUCGGAUAACCCGGUUUUUCUUCGUGGAACAUCGGCCAGCUGAUUUUUGUUUCACAUUUCUCAAUAUGCAAUCUUAUCGUUCCAAUCAUUAUCUACUAGGAGAAUUUGCACUCAUUUUUGUUUGAAAACCACUUACAAGUUCGUGUAGUAGUACACACGAAAGCAUGGACGCGCUUUAUAUUCUUUAAUAACUCCUAAACCUGUUCUCUUAUCAAUUUCUAUCUGGAAAU